UUUCCCGUCCGGUCUCUCAACAUGGCGCCGWUGAAACCAAGGAGAAUGGUUGUUGGUAAAAAGUCUAAAAAGGCAGCUGCCUGGAAGUUCACCCUGGACCUGACCCACCCUGUGGAGGACGGGAUCCUGGACUCUGCAAACUUUGAAACCUUCCUCAAAGAGAGGAUCAAGGUGAACGGGAAGACKGGGAACCUGGGCAGCGUCGUCCAGGUGGGCCGCAUGAAGAACAAGAUCAACGUCUCGUCUGARAAACAGUUCUCCAAACGGUAUCUGAAGUACCUGACCAAGAAGUACCUGAAGAAGAACAACCUGAGGGACUGGCUGAGGGUGGUGGCAUCUGAUAAGGAGACGUACGAGCUGCGGUACUUCCAGAUCAGUCAGGACGACGAGGAGUCUGAGGCAGAUGAGUAAAAAGCUGCUCCAGAAUAAACCUGAGAGAAAAACAAA